AUGUCCGACUCGUAUUUCACACCCUCCUCCGGCGCCAAUGGCAGCACUUCAUCAAUCCUCUCGCCGGCCACGCCCACUGCCGGCGCCGCAGCAAGGUCCAAUGCCCUCCAAAACAGGAUCACUGGCGUCCUGUCCGCUUCAUAUGCCGACUUGGAGAUCCGAGAUGCUUUGUCGAUGCUGGAUGAGAGAGGCCUACAGAACUCUGCCGAGACAAGGCGUAACCUGCGCCUCGAUGUUCAGGAAGAGCUCAUUCAAUGCAACGGCGAGAUCGUCCAGGACUUUGGCCAAGUCGCCGUUCAAUUGAAGCGUAUCGGAGCUGCCAUUGCCAAUCUCAACUCCAGUUGCCUUGAAAUGCGGAAGCACAUUGCGGCCUCGACACGCGAGACUGGACCUAUGCUGGAAGAAGCCAAGACCAUCCUCGCCGACAAGCGCCAAGUCGAAACCAAACAGCAGCUGCUCGAUGCCUUCAAGACGCACUUUGUCAUAUCCGAUGCCGAUCUCUCUACCUUGACCUCAACAGCGGAGCCCGUCAACGAUGACUUCUUCCGCAUCUUGACGAGGGUGAAGAAGAUCCACCAAGACUGCCAGAUUUUGCUAGGAACGGAGAAUCAACGUCUUGGCCUGGAGAUCCUCGAACAGAGCUCUCGCCAACUCAAUGCCGCAUUCCAGAAGCUUUACAGAUGGGUGCAACGAGAGUUCAAGUCUCUCGAUUUGGAGAAUCCACAGAUCUCCGCCGCAAUUCGCAGAGCAUUGCGUGUCCUGGCCGAGAGACCCACUCUAUUCCAAAACUGUCUGGACUUCUUUGCUGAGGCCCGAGAGCACAUACUGUCCAACAACUUCUACGCCGCAUUGACGGGCGCUCCAUUGGAUCCUGACCAUCCCGUCAUGGGCAAAGCAAUCGAGCUAUCAGCACACGAUCCACUGCGAUACAUCAGCGACAUGCUGGCCUGGGCUCACUCAGCCACUGUCUCCGAGAGGGAACCACUUGAGGUGCUCUUCAUCUCAGAGGGCGACGAGAUUGCCAAGGGUAUUGCAGCUGGCAUCGAGAGUGAGCCGUGGUCUCGUACCGAUGAUGAGGGCGAAUCACAACCGUUCGAUGGGCGCAAGGCACUGAACGAACUCAUCGACAGAGACCUGGCUGGCGUCUUCAGGCAAUUGAAACAGCGCACCGAACAAGUCAUCCAGAGCCACGAAGACGCCACUCUCGCCUACAAGAUCGGCAACUUGGUCAACUUCUACAUCAGCCUCUUCUCAAAUCUACUUGGCGAUGCCUCGUCUCUGCUGGAGACCCUUCGUCCGCUGGCUGACACUGCCAUGCGAGCGUUCAGGUCCACGAUGCGUGAUCAUGUCGCAAGUCUCCACACAGAUCUCUCAAUCGCGACAGACGAUCUGGCUCCCCCAGACUUCCUCAUUAACGCCCUCGAGACAUUGCAGGUGCUCAUGAAGAGCUACGACACUUCCAUUGUGAACAUGAACAGAGCACAGCGGAUUGAAGGCUUUCAGCCCAUCCUGCAGGAAGCCUUGGAUCCAUUCCUGGCUGGCUGUGAGAACAUCACCAAGCGGCUGAGGUCGCCGAAUAGCCACAUUUUCGCUCUCAACUGUCUCUUCGCAACGAAAGAGACCCUCAGCAUGUACUCUUUCGCUGACCGUUCAGAUGAACUUCAGCCACGGAUUGAUGGACACGAAGUCGAAUUAAUUGAGGCCGUACACACAUGGUUCCUGCACGAGUCCGGCAUGAAGCCUUUGGUAGAAACCAUCACAACAGCCGACUCCCUCUCCUCGUCGUACAAAGAUCCCAGCCAGCUCAUCUCCAUUGCGCAACAACUCGAUCAGUUCCUUCCCACUGCAACGGAAGACGCUCGAGCAUUCCUGUCCCAACUUGAGAAUAAGGUCCUGGGACGACGGGUAAUUGAGCAGGCUGCAGAACGCUUCUGCGAAGACUUUGAGGAGUUGGAGACCUUAAUCAUUCAGGCCGACGAGGUGAGGCAGCAGCAGGUCAAUGGCGAUGUCGACGAGGAGGUGUGGUUGAGAGAGUGUUUCCCGCGGACUGGCGAUGAGAUUCGAGUCUUGCUGAGCUGA